AUGACGAGCGAGCGAAACAUACCACACUUGAGGGACAUAUUCGGCGGGGUCGAUGACGACGACGGUCUGCCGAACGAGCUGCGGCGGUUGGACGUGAAGAGCGACGACCGAAAUUCGUUGGGCGGCGUAAGCGCGGGCGGCACCGACAGCGCCAUAUCGGUGGGCUCGGCUAGCGAAGAGGACUUGUUGCCGGCCAAGGGGUCCAAGAAGAAACGGCACAAGAGCGGCGGUAGCCGGCAGACCAAAUGCGCGGCCACGUUUGAGGACGACGUCAAGCACCUGGAACGGCACCUGUCCAUGAAGAAAACCAUCAGGAAGAAAAUCAUGAGAGACCUGCAACAAGCGUUCGUCGAGGACCCGGACGAGUUCAAGGUGGAAAACAUACCGCCGGAGCAGCUCAAGGCGGAGCUCAGCUCCAGGAGUCUAAGCUUCGGCAUGCCCGGCAAAAAGAAAGGUAAAAUGAAGUCUGAAUCGAAUUUCCUAGACUUUCUACGCGGCGGAAACGACUCGACAAUGACCGGCCGCCGUUACAACGCAGACGAAAGCGAUUCUGGACAUGGGUCACCGACCAGAGAACUGGACGAUGACGAACCGUCGAUACGGAAGCCAAGCUUUUGGAGACGUUUUACCAUAAAGGGCGCGAGGAACAAGCGGUAG